AUGUUGUUGGCGAAUCCCAAGAAGGUUUGGUACCUCCCUCUCGGCGUUGUUGUCCAUCCAAACAAACCUGGCAAGAUACGUCUGGUCCUUGACGCGGCGGCUCAAGUGAACGGAACGUCGCUAAACUCCAUUCUACUUACCGGACCGGAUCUUUUAACUUCGUUGCCAGCUAUCAUUCAACAAUUUCGGGAACGACCGGUGGCUUUCAAGGCGGACAUACGCGAAAUGUUCCACCAAUACCGGAUUCGGGAAGCUGAUAAGCACGUAUUGCGUUUCCUUUUUCGAACAGACCCUACCAUCAAGCCAGACGUGUACGUUAUGGAUGUGGGUACCUUUGGUGCAGCCUGCUCACCGACGUCUGCCCAAUAUGUGAAAAAUCUGAAUGCGUCUCAACACGCCGAUCAAUUCCCGGACGCUGCGAAGGCUAUUAUUCGUCGGCAUUACGUUGACGAUUAUCUUGACAGUGCCGAUACUCCUGAGGAAGCCAUCAACCGAGCGAAGCAGGUCCGCUACGUGCACUCACAAGCUGGAUUCGAGCUGCAUAGCUGGGUUUCGAAUGAUAAAUCGUUUAUUCGAGCCCUGGGAGGAAAAGAAGACGACGAACGAGUGCCGCUGCAACCAGAGGAUGACAAAACAAGAGAACGCGUUCUGGGAAUUAUCUGGUGUCCCCACGAAGACAUCUUUACUUUCUCGACCAAUCUGCGGAAGGACUUGUCACCGUUUCUAAAUGAUGAUCAGCGACCGACGAAGCGGAUAGCCCUCCGCUGUGUAAUGAGCCUUUUCGACCCACUCGGAUUUCUUUCUCCGUUCACAAUACAUGGCAAGAUCCUUCUCCAAAGUCUGUGGCGUACCGGGUGUGAUUGGGAUGAGAAAAUCGAUGACGAAAGCUAUACCCGUUGGUCGCAGUGGAGAAAUAAACUGUCGUUGAUUGAAGAGGUGAAAAUUCCCCGUUGCUAUCUGCAAAAUGCUCCACCGAAGGCUUAUGAGUCGCUACAACUUCAUGUUUUCGUCGACGCCAGCGAGCAGGCGUAUGGUGCUGUAGCCUUCUUCCGGAUCGAAACCGACGAAGGUCCACGAUGCUCACUAGUAAUGGCGCGAACGAAAGUGGCUCCACUGAAGCAGUUGUCCAUCCCUCGCAUGGAACUAAUGGGUGCGGUACUCGGAACAAGAUUGCUAAAAUUGGUUGAAGAUAGUCAUGAGCUGAAGGUAACGAGGCGUUUGCUCUGGACCGAUUCGCAAAAUGUGCUGUCAUGGAUUCGAUCCGAUCAACGGAAGUACAAACCGUUUGUCGCAUUCAGGAUUGGCGAGAUUCUACAAGAGACGAAGAUCGACGAGUGGCGCUGGGUGCCCUCGAAGGCUAACGUGGCAGAUACACUCACCAAGUGGGGCAGAGGUCCCUGUCUGGACCCAGAAGGGCCCUGGUUCAACGGACCCGAUUUUCUCCAGCAACCAGAGGAGAUGUGGCCUACGCAGAAAACACCAACACUAAACACGACAAUCGAGCUUCGAGCGUGCCACAUGUUCCACACUUUCAAGACUAACGAACCUAUCAUCGAUGUAAGUCGGUUCUCACGGUGGAAUGUUCUCCUACGGACGAUCUGUUGCGUUUACAGAUUUAUCUCCAAUUGUCGUCGCCGCAUUGCUCGAGCACCCAUCGAGGUUAUUCCGGACGCCACCGAACGAUUGAAGAGAUUGGUGAUCCGUGACGUCGAAUGUACCGUAGUUCCUUUGAAGCAGGAAGAAUACGAAGCAGCCGAGAUCCUGUUGUGGAAAAUUGCUCAAAGAGAGUCGUUUUCAUGUGAAAUAGUUAUCACAUCGAAGAACCGUCAGCUGACGUCAGAAAACUGGAUUCCGAUUGAGAAACACAGUGUCAUUUAUCAUUGCAAGCCGUUCCUGGACGAUUGUGACGUGUUGCGAAUGGACGGCAGGACAAAAUUUGCUGAAUUCAUCCCCUACGAUACGAGAUUCCCCAUCAUUCUACCAAGAGCCCACGAAAUCACCAAUCUACUGCUAGCUGACUAUCAUCGGCGUUUUGCACACGCUAACCGGGAGACCACGUUCAACGAAGUUCGACAACGUUUUUAUAUUCCUAAGCUGAGGAGCUGUGUAAAACGGUCGAUGGAUAAUUGUCAAUGGUGCAAAGUAAAAAGGAGCCGACCGCACGUACCUACGAUGGCACCCUUACCAAUUGAACGAAUGACGCCUUUCCUGAGACCCUUCAGUCAUGUGGGUGUCGACUAUUUUGGACCGAUUGAGGUAAUCGUUGGACGCCGGGUCGAGAAACGGUGGGUUGUACUUUUUACGUGCCUGACGGUCCGGGCAGUGCACUUGGAAGUGGCACACAAGCUGAAUACUGACUCGUGUAUCAAGGCAAUUCGGAGAUUCGUGCUGCGCAGAGGCCCACCAAUUGUCAUAUUCUCCGACAACGGCACCAAUCUGAAAGCAGCCAACAAGGAGCUUCAAGAGCAGAUUCGUCGGAUCGGAACAGCCUGCGCUAACGUGUUCACCAAUGCCAAGACGCGCUGGUGCUUCAAUCCGCCUUCUGCACCCCAUAUGGGGGGCAUAUGGGAGCGGAUGGUACAAACGGUCAAGACGACAAUGGCAACACUGAAUGCGGAACACCGAAUGAGCGAUGAAAUACUUUUGACCGUUAUUGCUGAGGCCGAAGAGAUCGUCAACUGCAGACCGUUGGUUUAUAUACCCCAAGACUCAUCGGACGCUGAAGCGCUUACGCCGAACCAUUUUUUGCGUGGCACGGUAACCGAGCUGAAGGAUCUUCGCAUAGCCCCAACAGGUCUGGCAGACGCACUUCGAAGCACCUACAAGAGGUCCCAGUACAUCGCCGACGAACUAUGGAAGCGGUGGCUAAAAGAAUAUGUGCCGUCCUUGAACGUGAGUACCAAAUGGUUAGAAGAUUCAAGACCGCUGAAACCAGGCGAUUUAGUGUUCAUCACGGAUGAUCAAAACCGCAACGGAUGGGUCCGGGGGCAAGUAGCUGAAGUCAUCGUUUUAAAAGACGGCCGUGUUCGACAGGCGGUGGUUCGCACUUCCAGUGGACUGUUUCGGCGACCGGUGGCUAAACUCGCAGUCAUAGAAAUUGAGGCUAUUGGUAAAUCUGUCCAGGAAGCAGGUUCUGGACCAGGUUUACGGGUCGGGGAAAUGUUAAAACCACUGGGCACAGAGGAAGAAAUCCCUUCAACUGGCCUCCCUGGACGGACGUAA